AUGGCCAACUCAAGCAACAGCUCACGCUCAAACUCACCCUCCGUCGGGAGCGAGAAGGCUCGCUGCACCGUCUUCCGCAAGGAAUAUGAAUACAUCAAUGUGCUUCAGUUGUUGGUGAAGCAGCGUGAGGCCGAGAAUGAGGCUCUCAAUGCCGAGAACGAGACCAGCAAGGACGGCUCCGAGAACGAUGACGGCGAAGAAAACAAAGAGAACGUUGACAAUAUCCAGAAAGUUCGCAAGGACCGUGUCUUUGAGCAAGAUGUGACCGAGAAGGAGAUGGACAUUAUCCAGCAGCGUGUGGCCUUUCAGCAGCGCCAGUUCGCCGCCUACGAGGAAAAGGAGAAGCAGAGGCGUUACAAGAAGCUGAAGUCGCAUUACGGUUACUUGGUUGAGGCUGAGAUCGAUGAAGCCCUGGAGGACUGUGCCAACGACGAGGACGAUGUUUUUGUUCAGUUCAGCACCCUUGGCUACCUGGAAAAGAUUCGACGCAUCAUUGCCAUCCGUAACCACAAGCCUGCGACCGUCACUGUCAUGGACGACCAGCAGCGUGCUCGCUACGAGGAGCAUCUGAAGAAGCGCAGAGAGGCUCCUCGUAUGCGCACCACUGCCCAUAUGAAGAAGCAAUACCGCAUGGGCGGCCGAUUGGGAUUGGACGAGGCAUUGAAGCAAAUUCAGGAGAACAAGGUGGACGCCUCCAAGGCCUUUGAGGGAUGGUCUGACGCUCGUAUCAAGGCCUAUGCCGCCAUCGACAAGAAGCCCAACACCUACUACUACCGAUUCAACGCGCCCGGAGAGGUCCAACGCAAGGGCGCCUGGACAAGGGAUGAGCAGUUGUUGUUCCACAAGCGUUUGGAGGAGAUUGGUGCCAACGGACAGUGGGGUCUCUUUUCCAUGACCAUCCCUGGUCGUGUCGGCUACCAGUGCUCGAACUACUACCGAUUGAUGGUGGAGACGAACCAAAUUCAAGACCCUAACUAUGUCUUGGAUGAAAAGGGCAAGGCUCAUUACCUGUUUGACAAGAAGGGCGCAAACGGUGAAACGACGAAGGAGUUCAGAACCCACAACAAAGUACAUGUUACAGGCGAGGAGAAGCCUGUUGUCGUUAAGGCCCCGAAGGAGCCUAAACCUCCCAAGGCGCCUAAGGCCCCCAAAGAGCCCAAACCACCAAAGCCACCCAAGGUCCUCAAGGCUCCCAAGGAGCCCAAGACUUCUGCCGCUGCUAGUCGCAACAAGCGCAAGAGACGUGGUUACAACAGCGACGACUCUUCGGAUAUCUCUGAAUUUGACUGCGACGAUUCUGGCUCUUAUAUGGCCAAGUGGAGCACGACCAAGCGUACCAGGACUCGAGCUGCGGUGAUCGCUUCCGAAAGUGGGGUUAAUGGUGGCGAGGGCUCGUCCUCACCUGGAGGAGUGGGAAGUGAGAAUGGUGCAGAGGACGAAGAGUAUGAUGAUGAGGAUGAGGCGGACCCCACGAACCCAUUGCCUGGCUUUAUUGAUCCGAUCACACUGGAAGUUGUUGAGAAGCCUGCGAUCUCAAAGUACGGACACGUUAUGGGAUACGACAGCUGGCUCCGAUGCCUCUUGCAGGAUGGCGCGACAAGGAACAUUUGUCCCAUAUCCAAGAAGCCCAUGACCAAGCGCGAUCUCACCGUCUUGACUUUUGAGAACAUUGACGAGUACAGGUAA